GCGGUGCUGGCCGACGUGAGCUACCUGAUGGCCAUGGAGAAGAGCAAGGCCACGCCGGCCGCGCGCGCCAGCAAGAAGAUCCUGCUGCCCGAGCCCAGCAUCCGCAGUGUCAUGCAGAAGUACCUGGAGGACCGGGGUGAGGUGACCUUUGAGAAGAUCUUCUCCCAGAAGCUGGGUGAGUACAAUGGGGCCUCCAUGGACUUCCCACCACGUAUCAAGAAAUAUGAGAAGCUGGAGACGGAGGAGGAGCGCCUGGCCUGUAGCCGGGAGAUCUUCGACACCUACAUCAUGAAGGAGCUGCUGGCCUGCUCACACCCCUUCUCGAAAAGUGCCACUGAGCAUGUCCAGGGCCACCUGACGAAGAGGCAGGUGCCUCCGGAUCUCUUCCAGCCAUACAUCGAAGAGAUCUGUCAGAACCUCCGAGGAGAUGUGUUCCAGAAAUUCAUCGAGAGUGAUAAAUUCACACGAUUUUGCCAGUGGAAGAAUGUGGAGCUCAACAUCCACCUGACCAUGAACGACUUCAGCGUGCACCGCAUCAUUGGGCGAGGGGGCUUCGGCGAGGUGUAUGGGUGCCGGAAGGCCGACACGGGCAAGAUGUACGCCAUGAAGUGUCUGGACAAGAAGCGCAUCAAGAUGAAGCAGGGGGAGACCCUGGCCCUCAAUGAGCGCAUCAUGCUGUCACUCGUCAGCACCGGGGACUGCCCGUUCAUCGUCUGUAUGUCAUACGCCUUCCACACGCCAGACAAGCUCAGCUUUAUCCUCGAUCUCAUGAACGGAGGGGACCUGCACUACCACCUGUCCCAGCACGGGGUCUUUUCCGAAGCCGAUAUGCGCUUCUACGCAGCCGAGAUCAUCUUGGGCCUAGAGCACAUGCACAGCCGCUUCGUCGUCUACAGGGACCUGAAGCCGGCCAACAUCCUCCUGGACGAGCAUGGCCACGUGCGCAUCUCAGACCUGGGCCUGGCCUGCGACUUCUCCAAGAAGAAGCCCCACGCCAGCGUGGGCACCCAUGGGUACAUGGCCCCUGAGGUCCUGCAGAAGGGUGUGGCCUAUGACAGCAGCGCCGACUGGUUCUCCCUGGGCUGCAUGCUCUUUAAGCUGCUGCGGGGGCACAGCCCCUUCCGGCAGCACAAGACCAAAGACAAGCAUGAGAUCGACCGCAUGACGUUGACCAUGGCCGUGGAGCUGCCCGACUCCUUCUCCCCCGAGCUCCGUUCCUUAUUGGAGGGGCUGCUGCAGAGGGAUGUCAACCGGAGACUGGGCUGCUUGGGCCGAGGGGCCCAGGAGGUGAAGGAGAGCCCCUUCUUCCACUCCCUGGACUGGCAGAUGGUCUUCUUGCAGAAGUACCCUCCGCCGCUGAUCCCCCCACGAGGGGAGGUGAACGCCGCCGAUGCUUUCGACAUUGGCUCCUUUGAUGAGGAGGACACGAAAGGAAUCAAGUUACUGGACAGCGACCAGGAGCUCUACCGCAACUUCCCCCUCACCAUCUCCGAGCGGUGGCAGCAGGAGGUGGCAGAGACCGUCUUCGACACCAUCAAUGCCGAGACGGACCGACUAGAGACCCGCAAGAAAACCAAAAACAAGCAGCUGGGCCAUGAGGAAGACUACGCCCUGGGCAAGGACUGCAUCAUGCACGGCUACAUGUCCAAGAUGGGCAACCCCUUCCUGACCCAGUGGCAGCGGCGGUACUUCUACCUGUUCCCCAACCGGCUCGAGUGGCGGGGCGAGGGCGAGGCCCCGCAGAGCCUGCUGACCAUGGAGGAGAUCCAGUCGGUGGAGGAGACACAGAUCAAGGAGCGAAAGUGCCUCCUUCUCAAGAUCCGUGGUGGUAAACAGUUCGUCCUUCAGUGCGACAGCGACCCGGAGCUGGUGCAGUGGAAGAAGGAGCUGCGCGACGCCUACCGCGAGGCCCAGCAGCUGGUGCAGCGGGUGCCCAAGAUGAAGAACAAGGCGCGCUCGCCCGUGGUGGAGCUGAGCAAGGUGCCGCUGGUCCAGCGCGGCAGCGCCAACGGCCUCUGACGCCCCUCCCCCGCCCGCCCGCCUUUUAUAAACCUCUAAUUUAUUUUGUCGAAUUUUUAUUAUUUGUUUUCCCGCAAAGCGGAAAAGGUUUUAUUUUGUAAUUAUUGUGAUUUUCUGUGGCCCCAGCCCCCAGGGAGGGGCCCGCUUGCCUUGGCUCCUGCUGCCACCAACCCAGCCACUGCCCAACUACCCUCAGCCCUGACCUCCCCCAGGGGUCACCCACUCCCAGUGUCUUCCCGUGGGGGAAGAGCUGCAGCCCCCCACCCCGUCCCUUCCUGGUGAUGGUGCCACCUCAGGCUCUGUGGGCCAUGCUCUGGGCCCACAGCACAGCUGGGUGGCUUCACACCCCACACCCGGGGGGGCCCGCAGCACAGGAAAACUGCCUGAAUUUCCCCAUCGCGGCCCCUCCUGCGACAGGGCCCUAGCCCUGCACUGUCCUGCCUCCAUCGGUUGGUGGAGGAGGACCCCGUUGUCUCCCUGACCCCAGUGACUUGGCCUCCUGCUCCCUCACUCGGAGAGUCCCUGUGUCACUGGCUGCCUCCAUUCCCACCUUCCUUGGACACUGGGGCUGGGCCAGGAGGGUGGCAUUGGCCGUCACUGCAGCACCCCCUCUUCCUCCCACCCCAAGCGCCGGGCUCAGGGACCACAGAAAGGCAACUGCGCCUUGUUCCACACUGGCCAGCCUGCCCUGAGGUCCCCCUGCCCCCGGACUGGGUGAGGCCUCAUCUGCCCAGGACCACAGCGCAGUGAGAGGGGCCGGCGGGGCUAGUCCUCACCGCCCCAGGCCAGUUGCUGCGCCCCCUGGGCUGACCAGCCCCAGCCUCACAUUUCGUCAGUGCCACCACCCACAGGGUGCCACCUCGCCCACCGCAUGUCCCCUCGUGCCAGUCGCGCUGCCGUGUGUGGUAUCGCGCCCUCUCCCCCCGGGGCUGGGUUGGCGUGGCCCCCCUCCCAUCUACUCGCUCCCCUGGGCGUUUCUUUGCCGAUUUUUGAAUGUGAUUUUAAAGAGUGAAAAAUGAGACUAUGCGUUUUUAUAAAAAAAUGGUGCCUGA